AUGCACAAGAAUAUUCCGCGGGGGUAUUCACAAGGCUACCAAAACGCUGUCCAUUGCUGCGUAAAACAAGACCCUCCCUGUUCAAAGAAAAGAAAAAAGCUUCAAAAGAUAGAACAGAAAGCUUUAAUCAAUCCUUUACAGGUUCCUGCCGAGGGUGGCAACGACGGUGCCGACGGGGAUACCGACGGUGGGGAGACCAAGGCCGGAGACGAGAGCGGCAACCUCGGGGGAAAGCUGGAUGAGGAGCUUCUGGCCAUCAUCGCUGGUGACGGUGAGGAGGCCCUUGACGGGGCCGGAGAGGUCAGAGACGAGGUCACCGAUGUUGCCGGCGGUCUUGAUGACAGAGCCGACGGAGCCACCGAUGGAGGUCAGGCCGAGACCGUCAACGAGAGCGGCAACCUCGGGGGAGAGCUUGAUCAGGAGCUGCUUAGCGUUGGGGCCGGUGACGGUCAGGAUCUGGCCGACGGUGGGGACGAGGUCCUGGACGAUCUCGCCGGGGGCGGCGUCACGCUUGAGGGAGGUACCGAGAGUAGCGACGACAGUGCCGACGGGGAUACCGACGGUGGGGAGACCAAGGCCGGAGACGAGGCCAGCGACCUCGGGGGAGAGAGAGAUCAGGAGGGCACCGACAUCAGCGCCAACAACGGUGACGAGACCGUCAACGGUAGGGCCGAGGCCAGUGACGAGCUCACCCAGGGAGCUGGCGGAGGCAACGAUGGAGCCGAGAGGGACACCAAGGCCGGGAAGGCCGAGACCAGAGACGAGGGCAGUGACCUCGGGGCUCAGCUCGAUGAGCAGAGUCUGGACGUUGGGACCAGUGAUGGUCAGAACGUUGUUGAGCUCAGGAGCCAGAUCCUGGAGGAUGUGGCCGUUCUGGGCAAUGGGGGCGUUGCCGUUGGAGGAACCAACGUUGCCCAGGUGGAGGAGGGAGGUCAGGUCACCGAGCUUGGAGACAACGGGGAGGUUGUUCAGGCUCAGCUGCUUGGUGAUGUCACCGAGGCUGAGGUCCUUGGUGAUACCCUCAAGACCAGCCAGGUUGGUGAUGGAGGAAGUCAGGCCAGUGAGACCAGCGAGGGAAGUGGUGCCAGCGGGAGCGGCGGCGGCAGCAGCGGCCAGAGUGAGGAGAGUAGCAAAGGAGACCUUCAUUGUGAUGGUUUUAAAGGAUGUGGAUUAUCAAAAGAAUGA